CUCGCGAGCCAGAAGAUCAACACACAACAACAACAACACCGACCGACCCCAACCCGCCGCUAACCCACCGCCCUGCGGCGGAAUGCACGACCGCAGCGCUUCGCCCCAGGUCACAAAAAGAACUCAAUACGAUAUAAAUACGCGUCCUCAUUCUCCUUUCCGCUCCUUCUCGUUCCACCGCGUGCGUUUUUAAUCUCCGCGUCUAUGAUCACCGUCUGCGCCCCCCGUUCGCGCUCUUGAAUGAAGGAUUAAGGCCUUGUCUGUAAGAGCAACACAAACAAAGAUGGAGAGUUUGUACAAGCGCAAGGUCUUCGCUUCGAUGCGUAAGACCAAGGCGGCAGAGUCCAAACGGAAACGGCAGAUCGGUCUUCCCGCCUCCAUCCUGGACGACAGCGACGAGGGCUCGUUCGGCAGCACGAGCAGCAGCAGCGGCAGCGGCGACAGCGGCAGCGGCGACAGCUGUAGCAGCGGCUCUGAGUAUCGCGGCAGCAGCGCGGCGGCAGAGAGCGGCGAGACGGGGGGGUCUUCGAGUGACGAUAGUCGCGCAGUCUCGCGUAAGCGUAAGCGCUCCUUUAUCGCCGAUAAAGACGACAGCUCUUCCAGCAGCGACACCGACGACCCAAAGGCCGAUGGCGAAUGCGACGUCAAGCGCAAAGUGCAGCCCAAGAAGCGCAUCCGCCUGCGCAGGCCCGAGUCCGACUCGGACGUGGACGCGGUAGCGGAGCGGGAACAGAGGCGGAAGCGUGCGGCGGAGAAGAAGGAGACCGCAGCCAAGCGCAAAGAGCGGCACGGAAAACUGCUCGCGCUCUCCAGACGCAUGAAGUCACGCACGCGGGACGCCCGUCGCCGAGGCAAGGAGGGGGAGGAUGGAUCAAGUGACGAAGAUGAGGAUGAGGAUGAGGAGACAACAAAGGUGGUCGCUACCGGCAACGGCAGUGCAUAGUUACCCCGACCCCAGCAGAGGAAGAUGAAGAGGCUUUUACUUUUGUUUUCAGUGUUUCUGACUUCCUGUUGGACGGACAUUAGAUAAGAUCUAACCAGAUCAGACAGGACUUUAUGGCAGACAAUUUCAGAGAGAACAGGAAAAGAAAGAAAGCAAAAAAAAAAAAAAGAUAGGACUUGUUUUCAUUACUGUUACAACCAGAUGACGUGAUUUUGUGACAUCAUACAAUGACGUCAAAGCUUGGUUAUAUUUCUCAAUGUUUAUUUGAUCGUCAGUCCAUCCAUCGCUUUGCUUUCUAACUUGUCAUGAAAACAUACAUUUAAAAAAGAAAAACUAAAAUAAUGAAGAAUCUUUUAAUUGGAGGUGAAAAGCAUGGUUGAGUGAUGCAGGGCUGUUGGUGUCCGUGGUUGCAGUGAGUUCUUUUUUGAGGCCGUGCGUUUUCCUAUUGGCUAUUGACCCUUUUACGUCUGGAAAAAGCUCACACCUGGACAAUGACAUCAGUGUUUUGACUCCUCCUGACCCUGCGCCCUUUUUAACACCAUUUUGACAGUUUGUUUCCUGAAGGGAAUCUUGUACAUGUGACCAUUUUGGACAGCUGUAAAUAAAUGAGAACAAUCAAUAUAUAUUGUAUUGCAUACGUCUUUUGGUUUUGCUAUUGUUAAUCCGCUUUAACCUUUGUUUAUAUACAUCACCUUGUCACAAGACAAACUUGUACAGGUGGCAGAGUUUCAGUAACUGUUUUUGGCGCUCUCUUUGUUCAUUUUAACGCUAGUCAUUUUGUGCUGCAUUAUAACUGAAUACAAGCGACCACCCCUUUGGACAAUUGUACAACAAUAAAACUAAAUUGAAACAUCA